AUGAAGAAACUGAAACGCCAGACCGGCUCCGUCAUCGUCCACUUUGGCUUGCACAAGCUGCAGCUGAUCCACGAAGCGAAGAAGGUCUGCCCAGAUGUAGUCAUCGUCCUGGGCGAAGAUCUUACCCGCUUCCGGAAUGCUUCCAAAGAACUCUAUGCUUUCUUGCGAUCGUUUUCCUGGAACUCCCGUUGUGUACGACUAGGCUUUGAUGAGGUGUUUUUAGAUGUCACCGACAUGAUCGACUACAAUGUCAGCAUUCUCAACUCUAAUGACCUCAGCAACGCCUUCUUUUGUCUCGACAGGAACGAUCCCACUGUGGGGUUUCCUUACGAUGCGACGCGGCUGAGUGGUCAUCUAUACCCCAAAACGGCCUCUGAACACUUAGGCACCACGCCCGAUCUGCUGCACCUCCGAUUGGCUCUGGGAAGCCAUUUAGCACAUCACAUACGAACCAGACUUGAGGCAGAGAAAGGCUACACGGCCACGGUUGGCAUCUCUACCAAUAAGCUUCUGGCAAAGCUUGUUGGCAACACAUAUAAGCCCAAUGCUCAGACUACAUUAGUCCCGCCUUAUACGACUGAUGAACACGAUGAGACCAUCGACAACGUGACUGCCUUCAUCGAUGAUUACGAAGUCGGCAAGAUUCCCGGCAUAGGGUUCAAGAUCGCACAAAAGCUCCGUACCCACCUUCUGCAGCGACCGGCUGAAUUUGAUGCUGGACUGGUGUAUGGUGGGACUAAAGAAACUGUGCUUGUCCGCGAUGUAAGAACGCAUCCCGGAAUCGGUCCGGAGACGUUGGAGCGGAUACUUGGUGGUCCGGGCGUACCACAUGGCACCGGGACCAAAGUGUGGGGUCUACUGAACGGCUGUGACGACACAGAAGUUGGCCAAGCACGCGAAAUACCGCGUCAGAUCAGUAUAGAAGACAGCUACAUGCGCCUAGACACACUUGAAGCCGUGACCAAAGAGCUUCGCAUGCUAGCGAAAAGACUGCUCGAGCGAAUGCACACCGAUCUCCUAGAAGAAGAUGACGAUGCACACGACCUAUCCACGGCUCCAACUCCCGCCACCACUUCAAAGCCUAUGAAGCGCUGGCUCGCUCACCCGAAAACACUCCGACUAUCAACCCGUCCACGGGCGCCCCAAAACCCAGAUGGCACCCGCAAUCGGUCCUUUGCACGCAUAUCCAAAUCCGGACCCAUGCCAACGUUUGUCUUCAGCCUAAAAGACUACAAUAAUAAUACUACUAUGGAUGCCGUGGUCGAGAAGCUGCUUCACGAGACGUUGCUACCGCUGUUUCGCAAGCUGCAUCCGGAGAAGAAGGGAUGGAAUCUCAGUCUUGUUAAUGUUGCGGCGACGAAUAUGGCGGAUGCGGCGCGGGAGAGGGGUGGCGUGGGGAGGGAUAUUGGGAAGAUGUUUAGGAGGCAGGAUGAGGUGUUGAGGCAAUGGAGGGUGGAUGAGGAGGAGGUGGUGGGUGGGGAUGGGGUGGUGAGGGUUGAAGAAUCGCCAGAGUCAGAUGAAGCGCCCUGGUUGCAGGAAGCAAGGCGGCAACGACGGGAAUAUAUGAUGGAUGAGGAACCAUUCAUACCUGAAGAAGACUGGGUGAGUGAAGAGCAGGUUCGGGUUGAAGAAUCGCCAUCGCCAGACGAAGCGCCCUGGUUGCUAGCCGCGAGGCGCCAACGACAGGAAUACAUGAGGGACGAAGAACCAUCAUUCCUCGAAGAAGAUUUCGCAAGUAAACCACAACCUCAAAUCGCAGAAUCCCCAUCACCAGACGAACCGCCCUGGUUACAAUCAGCGCGCCAGCAACGCCUAGAAUACAUGAUGGACGAGGCUUGGCCGACAGGUGAGAUUAUACAUAGACACGGUUCUGAGGAUCUGCCCACCUCAUCACAGAAGAUUGGAUCUCCUGUGGAGGAGGAGGAUGUCUGGGAAGAGGAUGAGGAAGUCGCCCACCCGCGCACCCUUCCCACGAUGCCCGGCUCAUCGCGCUUGCCCGUCAGUCUCCGCGACACUUUCAAUGCGCGGAAGAGCUCCGCUAAUGGCCAGCUCGUCGCCUUGAACAUCGACGUCCUGCGCAAUAUCAUCUUUGUCCUUUUCCUCCUCCGCUGGACACGCAUCACCUUCUACCAACUCAAAGGACGCGGCAUCUUCGGCUCCAUCAGCGAUGCCUACAUCAGCAUUCGCCGCUACCUCUACGGCGUCUUCCUGCGACUUCCCGGCGUGCGCGACAAGGUACAGGCACAGGUGUCUGAUUCGCUCCUAAAACUCGAACGCAAACUUGUUCCGAGCGGUCCCGGCGUCGAGCGCAUCACCAGUCUGCCCGCCGAAGGAUGGAGCGAAGAGGAGGUGCGCAAGAAGUUGGGUGAACUGGCUGAUAUGGAACAUACCCGAUGGGAAGAUGGAAGAGUCAGCGGUGCGGUAUACCACGGUGGAGAGGAGUUGAUCAGACUGCAGACGGAGGCGUUUGGCAAGUUCACUGUUGCGAACCCCAUUCAUCCGGAUGUGUUCCCUGGUGUGAGGAAGAUGGAAGCCGAGAUUGUGGCUAUGGUGCUUUCUCUCUUCAACGCACCAGACGAUGCGGCCGGUGUUACAACGUCUGGUGGCACGGAGUCUAUCCUCAUGGCCUGUCUCUCCGCACGCAACAAGGCGUACGCUGAGCGUGGCGUCACUCAGCCCGAGAUGAUCCUGCCUGAAACCGCACACACGGCUUUCCGCAAGGCGUGCGAGUACUUCAAGAUCAAGAUGCACCUCGUGGCAUGCAAAGCACCAAGCUACAAGGUCCACCUACCCUCCGUCUCCCGUCUCAUCAACCCGAACACCGUCCUCCUCGUCGGCUCCGCGCCCAACUUCCCCCACGGCAUCAUCGACGACAUCUCCGGCCUCAGUAAACUCGCAGUCAAGAAGAAGAUUCCCCUCCACGUCGACUGCUGUCUAGGUUCCUUCAUCAUCCCCAUGCUCCCCAAAGCGGGUUUCGAAUUCGAGCCCUUCGACUUCCGUCUGCCAGGUGUAACCAGCAUCUCCUGCGACACCCACAAGUACGGCUUCGCCCCGAAAGGAAACUCCACAGUCCUCUACCGCUCCGACGUAUACCGCAAGUACCAAUACUUCAUCUCGCCGGACUGGUCCGGCGGCGUCUACGCAUCCCCAUCCAUCGCUGGCUCACGCCCCGGUGCCCUAAUCGCAGGCUGCUGGGCCAGUCUCGUCAAGCAAGGCGCAAACGGCUACCUCGACGCCUGCCACAAAAUCGUCGGCGGCAUGAAGAAGAUCGAAACCGCCAUCCGCGAGAAACCUGAACUCGCGUCUGAUCUCAAGAUCAUCGGUCGGCCCAUGGUUUCUGUCGUAUCUUUCCUGUCCAACACCCUCGAUAUCUACGACAUCGCUGAUGGCAUGUCGGGUAAAGGAUGGCACUUGAAUGCGCUCCAGAACCCGCCUGCUAUUCACAUUGCUGUCACGCUGCCGAUUGUUGCGGUCGUGGAUAAGCUUAUUGAGGAUCUGGUUGAGGUUACCGAGGAGGUUAGGGAUGCGGAGCGGAAGAGGAUUGCGGAGGGUAAGGGCGCGAAGGGCGCGGUUAAGGGGGAUACGGCUGCGUUGUAUGGUGUUGCGGGCAGCUUGCCGAAUAAGAGUGUUGUUGUGGAUUUGGCGAAGGGGUUUUUGGAUACUUUGUAUAAGGCUUGA